UGCCAUCAUCUUCAUUGCCCCCACGCUGUGAAUAAAAGCCCCCUCCCACUAUUAAACCUCACCCAAAGCAUUCAAUCUCAAUCCCAAGGGAAGGAGUAGUAAUAAUAGCAUAGAAAAAACGAUGAAUAAGUGGCAAUCGGUUGAAAGGCUGAAAGUGGGUGGUCAAAUGACAAGGAAUGAGGAAGAUAAGGUCUCUUUUGGCUGCACAAUUUCACCCAGAUUUAAGAGCAGACGCCACUGUUCAUAUGACUCAGAUGAAGAAGUUUCAAGCAGCCCACGCGACGUUAAGGAAGGCUAUCUGGCGGUUUAUGUGGGGGCUGAAAGAAAACGCUUUGUUAUUCCCACCGCUUAUUUGAGCCUUCCUGUCUUUCGAACACUGUUAGAAAUGGCGGCUGAGGAGUUUGGUUUUGUUCAGAAAGGUGGCCUCACUUUACCCUGCGACGUAACGUUUUUCAAGCAGAUUUUGAAGCUUCUGAAAAGAAAUGAUCCGGCUUAUAUGCAGAUGGGCCUUAAUGAUAUUGUGAAUUGUAUUGUUAAUGACAGAGAGCGUCAAACAGAUGCUCUUUGUUCCUCUAAGCCUCUUGGGCCCUUUUUUGGAGCCUCUCUGCAGAAGUCUUUUGGUUAAACUGUGCCUUCUUUUUAGGGUUAGGGUUAGGGUUGUACUGUAUAGUUAUGACUUGAAAUGUUUGGCGCCUCGUAUGGCCCAUUUGUAGAGAAGCUUGUUUUGUUGGCAUGAAUGGAAAUUUUUGUUUCAU